UGUUAGACUGUUGAAUUAAACCCUUUAUGGUGUGUAAUAUCACUUGUUACGUAUUGUAACGCGAACAGUACAACGAUUGUAGUUCAGUGCAGUGUUUAUUUUGGCCACUUCGUUGUAAACGCCGAAAGAGAUUUGCGGUUACGUGGUAGACACUCCCUACCCGUAGAAUAGUCAAUGAUGUUCAGAGCAAUGGCAGCAGCUGUUAUCGGUUCUGCUUUCAGAAAAAGCAGGGGAUUGUGGUUGCCCGGUCUCAGUGCGGUGAGAGCGAUGUCCGCACAGGCAGGCCCCACGCCUCCUUUCUCCGCUCUGUCAGUGAGCCACCCGGCUACUGCGGUCACCCACGUGGAGCUUUACCGUCCAGAGAAGCGUAAUGCCAUGAACCAAGCCUUCUGGAGUGAGAUGGUGGACUGCUUCUCCCAGAUUGCCCUGGAUUCAGAGUGUCGGGUAGUUAUAGUUUCAGGAGCUGGCAAGAUCUUCACUUCAGGGAUUGACCUGAUGGACAUGGCGGAAAAUAUGCUGCAGCCGGAGGGGGAUGACGUGGCGAGGAUGUCCUGGAACAUGCGCCGUCUUGUCGCCAAGUUCCAGGAAACCUUUUCAAUCAUCGAGAAGUGUCCAAAGCCUGUGGUGGUAGCAGUGCAUGGAGCAUGCGUGGGAGGAGGAGUGGACCUGAUCACAGCCUGUGACAUACGGCUCUGCACGCAGGAUGCCUGGUUCCAGGUGAAGGAAGUUGACAUUGGCCUAGCAGCAGAUGUUGGGACUCUACAGCGGCUUCCCAAAGUUAUUGGGAGCCGCAGUCUGGUGAAUGAACUGGCUCUCACAGCCAGGAAGCUGUACUCGGAUGAAGCCAAGAGCUGUGGACUGGUCAGUCGGGUGUUUCCAGACAAGGAGAGCAUGAUGGCGGGAGCCCUGGAGCUGGCUGCAGAGAUAGCGGCUCGCAGCCCCGUCGCCGUGCAGGGGACCAAGAUCAACCUGGUCUACUCCAGAGACCACAGCGUGUCUGAGAGCCUGGACUACAUGGCCACCUGGAACAUGAGCAUGCUGCAGACGCAGGACUUGGUGAAAUCCGCCCAAGCCGCCAUGGAGAAGAAGAGCCCAAAAGAAGUGCUUUUCUCCAAACUCUGAGAGGCCCUGGGGAGGGGGAGGGAACCAGGCGGUGGUGGCGGAGGGAGAGGAAUGGAGAGGGCACAUGAUCGAGAAAGCGAGGGACAUUUAGCAUCUGAUUAAGCAUUCAUUGGAUGCUUUUUAUGUAGAUAGAUUGUGUGCGUGUGUGCGCGUGUGCGUGUGCAUGUGCGCGUGUGCGUGUGUGCGUGCAUCUCCUCUCCCACCUUGAAUCUAAGCAGCCAUUGCGCCUGCAGUUUACAGCCUGUGACCCCGAGGUGAGGGAAACUCACAUGACACUGUGACAGAAGAACUGAAACCAGUGGGGUCAGUUCUGUAGGCUAGACUUGGAGAAGGCAGAUGGAAUGUAUUCUGGGGUUCAUGGUGACAGUACCUAUCAGUGGUGUAUCACGUCAUACAAUGCCCACAUAUACUGCUGCUCAAUCUCCUUGACUUGGCAAUCUUGGCUAAUUGUUCUUGUAUUUAUAUAUGCAAAAAUACACAAUAUAAAUAAAGGAUCUGGUGUCAUGUU